CCUAGCGGGAGGAGCGUCACGGGAAAGGCGCCGGCCGCGGCGGGCAGGGCGUCCCGGGGGGAGCGUGGAGGCGGCUGUGGGCAGGCCCUGCGGGCACUCCGGAUCUGGAUCCCCGCGAGUGCGGAGCGCCAACUGCUCUACCGCGUGGGGUUUCUCGGAGGCUCCGCUGCUGCCGAAUCGCGGGUGGGUCCCUGCUGUCCUCGCCGCCCCUAACCCGCGCCGAGCGCCAUGGCCCAGCCGCCGCCCGACGUCAGUGAGGACGAGUGUCUCCCCGAGUACCGCCAUCUCUUCUGCCCAGACCUACUCCGGGACAAAGUGGCCUUCAUCACCGGUGGUGGCUCCGGGAUCGGGUUCCGAAUUGCUGAGAUUUUCAUGCGGCACGGCUGCCACACAGUCAUCGCCAGCAGAAGCCUUCCAAGAGUGUCACUGGCUGCCAGAAAGCUGGCUGCUGCCACCGGCCAGCGGUGCCUGCCUUUGUCUCUGGAUGUCCGAGCUCCCCCGUCCAUCGCGGCCGCCGUGGACCAGGCGCUGAAGGAGUUUGGGAAAAUUGACAUUCUCAUUAACUGUGCGGCUGGAAACUUCCUGUGCCCGGCCAGCGCAUUGUCCUUCAAUGCCUUCAAGACCGUGAUGGACAUUGACACCUUGGGCACCUUCAACACGUCUCGUGUGCUUUACGAGAAGUUCUUCUGGGACCAUGGAGGCGUGAUCGUGAACAUCACUGCCACCCUGGGUACCCGGGGGCAGGUGCUCCAAGUGCACGCGGGCUCCGCCAAGGCUGCUGUGGAUGCGAUGACACGGCACUUGGCUGUGGAGUGGGGUCCCCAGAACGUCCGCGUCAACAGCCUCGCCCCUGGCCUCGUUAGCGGCACAGAGGGCUUCUGGCGGCUCGGUGGCCCCCAGGCCAGUGUCAGCACGAAGGUUCUGGCCAUCCCCCUGCGGAGGCUGGGCAACAAGACGGACGUUGCCCACAGCGCGCUGUACCUGGCCAGCCCUUUGGCCUCCUAUGUGACGGGUGCGGUGCUGGUGGUUGACGGCGGGGCGUGGCUGACACUCCCUAAUGACAUCAAGUUACUGGCAGAUUUGGAGUCCUUCUCUGCUAAGCUCUAGGUGGCCUUGUUGAUGGGCACAGGCCUUCUGUGGCGUGCUUGCCAACAGGCGCUGAAUGGCUGAAGCAAAUGAGGCAUUCUAUAGGGAAUCUUGUCCACAGCCCCUCUUGGGACACCUCCCGCGGCGCCCUUCCCGGGACCUGCCUCCCACUCCCAGAGAGCACCAAGCCCGAGCGCCCCGGCGGCACCCAGAGCAGAGACUGGCCUCUCCUCCGGGAACCGCGUCCACAUCCCCUCCCCACGGCCCCAUCUCCCGUGCUGGGGCGCGAGUGACCCACAACACACGGGUGUCCCUAGGGGUCUUUCCAGAGCUCCCCUGGGAGUGGGGGUGCAGCCGAGAUACCGCCCCGCCUCGGCCUGGCCCAGGAGGCCUCGGUGUUCCUACCCGUGUCCUGGGGUGCCCCAAGGUGGCCCUGCUCAAAAAGUGGGGCAUUUCAGGCUCCCAAUCAUCCCUUCCUUACUCUUCCGUUUUGGGAUCUCACUUCGCAAAGGGAAGCCAAACCAGGGAGGCCAGAGAAGCAGGUUUGGCCGCUCCUACCCCAGGUCUGGCAGCACGGGCUGGGUUGCUUCCCACCUGUCAUUUGCUGGGACGUCCUGGUGGACUUAGUCUUCUGCCGUUCAGGGACUGACUUCCUGGGUCCUCCGGCUGGCAUUGUCAUUAUCAGCACUUCCCUAGGCCCAGAGGGAUCAGGAAAUUCUGGCCUCGGGCACUUGCGGGGCUCAGUCAGUGCAGUGUCAGACUCUUGAUUUCGGCUCAGGUCUGGAUCUCACGGUUUGUGGGAUCCAGUG